AGGCAGAGGAGGGUCCCCGCUCCCCUGAGCAGGACGUAGGGCGAGGGGAGGAUCCGCUGCACCCCCCGGGGGCACCUGGCAGCCCCCCAGCAGCGCCUGGUGUCGCGGUGGCGGUGCCCAUGCCGGUGGCGGGGGUUUUGGAGGGGGACUGGGAGGGGGCUGAGGACAGGAGCACACCGGCCGGCCCCACGGAGCAGGCGCCUGGCACGGAGCAGUGCCCCGCUGGCACGGGGCUGGUGCCGGGCAGCCCCCCACGCCCCGACACUGACGUCUGUCCCCCGGGCUCUGUGACCCCCAAGACUUUCCUCUUGACCCCCGUGCCAGUGAGCCCUGGGGAGCCACUGGCUGUCGGAGGGGCCCACGUGCCUGAGGGUGUCCCUGGAGUUGGAGGAGCUGUGGCAGGGGAUAAACAGACUGUGCCCCCCGUGCUGGGGCCUGGGGACCUGGGGCUGCCCCCGGAGGGGACGGGGGUGGGUGAUGCUCCGGGGGGUCCCAGCACGCUGCUGCCAAGGGCUGAGCCAGCCCCGGGCCUCUCCCCGCUCCCGUCGGCCCCUGAGCGCCGCGAGGAGCCGGAGGAGGAGGAUGAGGACACGGAGGACAGCGACGAGUCGGACGAGGAGCUGCGCUGCUACAACAUCCAGGAGCAGAGCGAGGAGAGCGAGGAGGAGCCGGUGGCUGUGCCCAUCGUGGUGGCCGAGAGCCAGAGUGGCCGGAACCUGCGCAGCCUCCUCAAGAUGCCCAGCCUGCUCUCCGAGUCCUUCUGCGAGGACCUGGAGCGCAAGAAGAAGGCAGUCUCCUUCUACGACGAUGUGACCAUCUACCUCUUCGACCAGGAAAGCCCCACGCGGGAGCUGGCUGAGCAGGGCUUCCCAGAGCCCCCCCUGCCUUCGGGGCAGCCCCCCUGCCUUCGGGGCACCGCUCCCUGCCAGUGGCAGCCCCCCCAGCCCCACGGACAAGCUCGGAGCCUCGGACGACUCCUCAGAUGGCAAUGCCUCAGAAGAGA